CCUUCUCUCCAGCUGCCUUCGUUGUAAGACUACAGCACCCAGAGCUGACAAUACACAAAACAACAUGCGAGUGCAUCGUGUAUGCCCUGGGCCAGGUUUCCGGACAACAGUGGGCUUCUCCUGGUUCCGUGGUGGGGGCUGUUAGAAGUUAAAAAAGGAUUUUCCAGUGUGUGCCAACGCCCACGUGGUUCCAGCGUCAACGCAGGUGCGCAGGAAUGAGUGGAGGCCCCGCAGGCGGGCCGCGGUGCAGAAGCCAUGGAGACGAAAGGCCUGGACCCGUCCCAGACAGACCUCAAGUUAGUGGCCCACCCGCGUGCCAAGAGCAAAGUGUGGAAGUACUUUGGCUUCGACACCAACGCCGAGGGAUGCAUCCUACAGUGGAAGAAAAUCUACUGUCGCAUCUGCAUGGCCCAGAUCGCCUACUCCGGCAACACCUCCAACCUCUCCUACCACCUGGAGAAGAAUCACCCCGAUGAGUUCUGUGAGUUCGUCAAGAGCAACACGGAGCAGAUGCGCGAGGCCUUCGCCACCGCCUUCUCCAAGCUGAAGCCCGAGGCCUCGCAGCUGACCCCGCCAGACACGCUGGCCACCAAGGCCAGCCACGGCCACGAGAGCAAGCGGCAGCAGGAGCUCACGGCCGCCGUCAUCGGCCUCAUCUGCGAGGGCCUGUACCCCGCGUCCAUCGUGGACGAGCCCACGUUCAAGGUGUUGCUGAAGACGGCGGACCCCAGGUAUGAGCUGCCCAGCAGGAAGUUCUUCUGCAGCAAGGCCAUCCCCGAGAAGUACGGCGCCGUCCGCGAGGCCGUCCUCAAGGAGCUCAGCGACGCGUCCUGGUGCGGCAUCUCCACAGACAUGUGGAGGAGCGAGAACCAGAACCGAGCCUAUGUCACGCUGGCUGCCCACUUCCUGGGUGGCGGGGCGCCCGGCUGCCUGUCCGUGGGCUCCCGCUGCCUGAAGACCUUUGAGGUCCCCGAGGACAACACGGCCGAGUCCAUCACCAGGGUCCUGUACGAGGCCUUCAUUGAGUGGGGCAUCAGUGCCAAGGUGUUCGGGGCCACCACGGACUGUGGCAAGGACAUCGUGAAGGCGUGCUCCCUGCUGGACAUCUCGGUGCAGAUGCCGUGUCUGGGACACACGUUCAACGCGGGCAUCCAGCAGGCCCUGCAGCUCCCCAAGCUGGCCGGGCUGCUGGCCCGCUGCCGCAAGCUGGUGGAGUAUUUCCAGCAGUCCACGGUGGCCAUGUACAUGCUGUACGAAAAGCAGAAGCAGCAGAACAUGGCUCACUGUAUGCUGGUCAGCAACCGCGUGUCCUGGUGGGGCAGCACGCUGGCCAUGCUCCAGCGCCUCAAGGAGCAACAGUUUGUCAUCGCCGGGGUGCUGGUGGAAGACAGCAACAACCACCACCUGAUGCUGGAGGCCUCCGAGUGGGCCACCAUCGAGGGGCUGGUGGAGCUGCUGCAGCCCUUCAAGCAGGUGGCCGAGAUGCUGUCCGCCUCCAAGUACCCCACCAUCAGCAUGGUCAAGCCCCUCCUGCACAUGCUGCUGAACACCACGCUCAACAUCAAGGAGACCGACUGCAAGGAGCUCAGCAUGGCCAAGGAGGUCAUCGCCAAGGAGCUGUCCAAGACCUACCAGGAGGCGCCGGAGAUCGACAUGUUUCUGAACGUGGCCACCUUCCUGGACCCGCGCUACAAGCGCCUGCCCUUCCUGUCCGCCUUCGAGAGGCAGCAGGUGGAGAACAGGGUGGUGGAGGAGGCCAAGGGUCUGCUGGACAAGGUCAAGGAAGGUGGCGGCUACCGGGCGGCCGAGGACAAGAUGUACGCGCUGCCCGAGGAGCCCCCGGUGAAGAAGCUGGUGCUGGCGUCCACGCCGCCGCCCACCAGCGUCAUCAACAGCAUGCUGGCCGAGAUCUUCUGCCAGACGGGGGGCGUGGAGGACCAGGAGGAGUGGCACGCGCAGGUGGUGGAAGAGCUCAGCAACUUCAAGUCGCAGAAGGUGCUGGGCCUCAACGAGGACCCCCUCAAGUGGUGGUCCGACCGCCUGGCGCUCUUUCCCGUGCUGCCCAAGGUGCUGCAGAAAUAUUGGUGCGUGGCGGCCACGCGCGUCUUCCCCGAGCGGCUCUUCGGCUCCUCCGCCAACGUGGUAAGUGCCAAGAGGAACCGGCUGGCCCCGGCGCACGUGGACGAGCAGAUCUUCCUGUACGAGAAUGCGCGCAGCGGCGCGGAGGCCGAGCCCGAGGACGAGGACGAGGGCGAAUGGGGCCUGGACCAUGAGCAGGUGUUCCCCCUGGGGGACGCCGUGCACGCCGGCUUCUUUGGGAUCAGGGACAGUGGCUUCGUGUAGGUGCCGGCGGGGUGGGGUCACUGUGGCACUGGCCCCCGCGGGUAAAUACUCGCUGUAAAUACCCACCGUGCGUGUGCGCGCGCGGGUGGCCGUGCCGGUAGCAGCAGACGCACAGGAGGGAAACGGGGCAGCCGUGCCUUUCCUCUAUGAGCGCACUUGUGUCCCAGCGAAGGGGCAGAAAUCGAGAGGGAAAGUUCUAGAAGUCCCAUCGUGCACCUGCGGGCUGUUGAUUGCAAAUAGUAAAGUCCAUGAGCAGCCCAGCCAGGACGGAGGGUGGAGGGACGGUAGGAGGGAGGGAGCCCCCUUUGCUUCCCAGAUAAUUAAUUCCACCCCCAAGGCCGUCCUAUUCUCCGUGGGAGGCUUCGCGAUAAACCCCAAAACACAUCCAGACUCCCGCGUCCUUCUCGGCCCACAUGCCUUCCAAAGGCCUUCGCGGACCUGUUACGCACGUGAGCUCAUGUUUACUUCCCAGGGGAUAUGCACGUCUUGCCUUUGGCACGGCGGGGACACCCUUCUGCAGCCUACGCGGCCCGUGUCGAACACACACGGGCUUUAGGUCUGGUGCAAAGAAUCAAAAGGGAGCACAGGGCACGGGCCAUGUGGAUUAGCACAGGAAACGGGGCAUCGGACGCUCUGUGUCUUCUGCCUUUUGUCCGCUGGCUGCAGUUUGCUCUGUGCGCCUGGUCCCGGUGACGUUGCGGCUCUGGGGUCCUGAGCGUGUGCGCGUGUGUGCAUGUCCCAUGCUUGAAAGGGGCCCUUUCUCCAGGACGACAACAAGGCCCCCCGCCCUCGGGAGCCCCGCUCUUCAAAAUUACCAGGGACCCCAAUGUGCUGAGGGUGAUUUCGACUUCUCCACGGGGCCAUGGACACUUGUGUUUUGUCUUUUCAAUGCCGCACCGCGGGGGCCCGGUGAUUUUUAAAAAAUGGACCACGAGACACUUUGGCCUGGAUUUUGGGGUCGCUCUGGCUGUUCGCAUAAACCCGAGCUGCUAGCGAUGUUCUGUGUGGCCGAGCGCCUCUGGGAGCAUCACGGACAUUUAAGGAGGUGGGUGUGUCGGUGUCCUUGGGUGGUGACCUCAGUGGUGUGGACCAGGGCUGAGACUUGUAUCUUGAAGCAACCGACUGGGUUUGAGCCUUCCUCAUGGGGUGUGCUUUGUUUUGUUUUGUUUUUUCUUAUUUAAUGCUUUCGAAUUUGACUCUUGUUCAAUAAACCCAAGAAGGAGAUGAGCUCCUAA